UUGUUUACAAAACAACACAACAAUAUGUCUAAGGAAAUUAGUGAUUUUGAUAGUUUAUUAAGUAAACUUAAUGAUUUUGGAAAAUAUCAAAAGUUGAAUUUAUGUUUAAUGUGCUUAACAGCACUUUUAACUGGAAUGGCAUCACUUAGUUUUGUGUUUGUUGCAGGAAUACCAGAAUAUAGAUGUCGAAUACCACUUUGUGAUAAUGAAAUUGUGACAGAAUAUAUUCCUGAAUGGUUAGAAAAUGUUGCACCAUUUAAAAAUGGAUUUCCAAAAUAUUGUUCGCGUUAUGAGUUAAAAAAUGAAACCUUUAUUGAUAAUUAUUUAAAUGUAUCUUGUCCAGUCGACAAUUUUUCUAAGGAUAAAAUUAUAGAAUGUGACGUAGAUGACUUAGUAUUUCCAGAUCGACAUACAACAAUUGCAAAUGAUUUGCAAAUACUUUGUGAAAAUAAUCAAUGGAAACUAUCGUUGGUGGGGACGUUUAGUUCUUUGGGUAUAAUAUUAGGUGGACCAAUUUGUGGAUAUAUUUCAGACAGAUAUGGUCGAAAAAAAGUUUUGGUCAUCACUGGUGUUUUAACAUCAGUGUUUGGUAUAUUAAAAUCAUUUUCAACAGUUCUUGAAGAAUAUAUUAUUUUGGAUUUACUCGAAACAAUUGCUGGUUUUACAUUGUACAGUACAGCAUUUAUCAUUGGACUUGAAUUAGUGGGACCGUCUUAUAGACUUUUGGCUGCCACAACAAAUAAUGUAUGUUUAUCAGUAGGCCGAAUACUUCUGGGUGUUGCAGCAUGGUAUUUUAAUUCAUGGCGGACUUUUUUAAAAGUAUUAUAUUUGCCUGGUCUGUUAAUUGUAUUUUAUUGGUUUUUGAUACCUGAGUCAAUAAAAUGGUUGAUAUCAAAGAAAAAAUAUGAUGAAAUAAGAACGACUCUUAGCAAAAUUUCUAAGAUCAAUAAGCGGCCGUUACCCGAGAAUUACGAAAUAUUUUUAAAGAGUGAAGAAAAUAGCAAAAGUACUGAAGAAGCUAACUUUUCAAAACUUUUAAGAAACCGGACCCUAUGUUUACGAUUUAUCAACUGCUGUAUUUUAUUUUUGGGAAACAACAUCAUAUUUUUUGGUUUAUCCUUAAAUUCCGUUACGCUGACAGGCCAUAAAUACAUAAAUUUUAUUAUAAUUUCAAUGGUGGAAAUUCCUGGUAACAUUUUAUGUGCAAUUUCUUUAAAUCGUUUCAGUAGACGAUUAACACUUGGCGUUUCAUAUUUAGUGACUGGAAUAUGUUGUAUUUUGCUGUACUUCAUAUCGGAAGGUGAUUAUGUUAAAGUAAUUAUAUACACUAUUGGAAAACUUAUGGCUACGAUUGCUUCGAAUACAAUGUUUAUAUUCAUAACAGAAGUAUUUCCUACGUCAGUUCGGCAUUCAACUUUAAAUAUAUGUUACGCUUUUGGUGGUAUUGGAAGUAUGUUAGCGCCGCAAACACCACUGUUGGCGUUUAUAUGGGAUCCAUUACCAGUUUUUACAUUUGGAUUUUUUGCAAUUCUUGUCAGUUUUUUAACAAUAUUUUUUCCGGAAACAUACAAUCGGGAACUACCGGAUACAAUUGAAGAAUCAGCAAAUAUAUCAAAGACUACAGUCACCAAAUUGUAAAUUCGAAAAAUAAAUUGUGAUAACAAAAUUAAAUAUUUUUUACUUGAAAGUUGGUAAAUAAAACAUCUGAGGGAGAAA